AUGGGGCUCCGUGUCAUUGCGACCGCGGCCCUCCUGCUGGGUCAGCCCAACUCCGUCUUCAGUCGACCGCGAGAUCAAAGCAUAGUUCGGGUGACAAUCUCUGAGCAUGUCCACUCCGGUGGGUUAGCCAAUAUCCAUCUCGGCUGGCUUGGAUUCUCGCCAAGUCUUAUCGAGGCCAUCUACGCGUCCUGUGUGAACCCGAAUUCCUCUUCUUCUCCAUAUACCAUCGGUCGUCUCAACACGGACAACUGCGUCUAUCUUUACGGAGCCGAACCACAAAAUACUCCUCAGUUCCUCGGCAAGAGUGAUGCUGUUCGUCUUACGCACCAGACUCGGAAGCGAUCCGUUUCUGACACUGAUAAUCCCUUGUUGAAAGGCUUUGACGCCCUAAGAGCAUGGUACAACGGCGUCGCGAGUAUCAAGAGAAAGUCCAAGGCCGACAGGGGCGUGGCUUCUGGGCACUCACUCAAACACAGCAAGGGAGCCAUCGUGGGUACCAGAAUCUCCGGUCCAGCAACGGCGUUGAUGCUGGACAGCGUCGGUGUCCAUAACUGUGAGAUCAUGGAGGCGGGCAACCAGGUUGGAGGCCGGUUUCGCACACGACACGUUGCUGGGACAGUUGAAUGGGCGGAGAUGGGACCGAUGAGGUUGCCCUACUCUGCCAUGUGCAGAAAGGACAACGCCGUGUUCGAGCUUCCCAGUAGAGAAAAGACCUCUCGCUUGGUUGUGCUCUGUAGCCGCGAGGCAAUCUUUCAAUUCUCUCUGUCGCUCGGGACUUCAGAUCGUAGCGCAAUAAUGAUAGCAACCACCCAUAUACGGCGUCUUCCUGGAGUCUAG